AUGAUAACCAGAGAGAGUCAAAGGCUGAGAAGCAUCACAAUGAUGAUACUAAUGGCAGUUCUGGUCUGGUCUGUAACUCUAGAGACCUGCAUUGCAAGAAAAGGAAGACAUUGGAGACACCACCAUAGCAGCUCAUCAGCUUCAUCCUCCUUGUCUGAUUCCUUGUCCAGCAAGAAACCAAAAAGCCAUGAGAACAGCCACAACAAUAGUCAUUCCCACAAGUCAAAACCAAAACCAAAACCGACGCUGAAAACUCCGCCGCCAAAAUCCAGCUCACCUGUCGUGCCACAACCACCGCAAGCCCAAACGCCGCCACCACCACCACCACCUCUUCCGCUGCAGCCACUUGAAGGCUCUCAAGAAUUCAAUGUGCUUGAUUUUGGCGCUAAGGGUGAUGGCAUGAGUGAUGACACUGAGGCGUUUGAAGCGGCGUGGGCAUCGGCUUGCAAAGUAGAGGCAUCAACGAUGACCAUACCGUCUAGCUAUAUCUUCCUCGUUGGCCCUAUUUCUUUCUCGGGUCCUUAUUGUCAAGCAGACAUUGUAUUCCAGCUAGACGGAAUGAUUGUAGCUCCUACUGAUUCUGAGUCAUGGGGAAGAGGACUAAUGUGGUGGAUUGAAUUCACAAAGCUUAAAGGAAUCACAAUACAAGGGAAUGGUGUUAUUGAUGGAAGAGGCACUGUUUGGUGGCAACAAGAUGACACCUUUGAUUAUCCUAACGACGAUGACUUCAAGCUCAUUGUCCCAUUAAACAAUUCGGUUCAAGAACAUCCUCCAAUGCCGAUAAGAAGUGAGCUUAAUGGAAUGCCAAGCAUUAAACCAACGGCGCUACGGUUCUAUGGGAGUAUCGACGUGACAGUGACCGGAAUAACAAUUCAGAACAGUCCUCAAUGUCAUCUCAAGUUUGAUAACUGCGUCCAAGUAUUAGUUCAUGACGUGAGCGUUUCUUCUCCUGGAGACAGUCCAAACACAGAUGGGAUUCAUCUUCAGAACUCCAGAGAUGUUAUGAUUCAUACCAGCACACUAGCUUGCGGAGACGAUUGUAUCUCGAUUCAAACGGGUUGCUCCAAUGUGUAUGUUCACAAUGUGAAUUGUGGACCGGGACACGGGAUCAGCAUAGGGAGCCUUGGUAAAGACAGUACCAAAGCGUGUGUCUCCAACAUAACAGUUCGAGAUGUAGUUAUGCACAACACAAUGACCGGUGUCCGGAUCAAGACAUGGCAGGGAGGUGUAGGAUCAGUGAAAGGAGUACUAUUCUCAAACAUUCAACUCACAGAAGUCCAGCUUCCGAUAGUGAUUGAUCAAUUCUACUGUGACCACAGCAAAUGCAAGAACCAGACAUCAGCAGUGUCAGUGGAAGGAGUCACUUAUGAGAAGAUAAGAGGAACUUAUACAGUAAAGCCUGUGCAUUUCGCUUGCAGUGACAGUUUCCCUUGCGUAGAUGUGCAACUAUCAGGGAUAGAGCUAAAACCAGUUCAACAACAGUACCACAUGUAUGAUCCGUUUUGCUGGAAAACAUUCGGGUUGCUCAAUUCACCGACCGUUCCACCGAUUGAUUGCUUACAGAUCGGGAAGCCAGCAAGAAAUGGAGUCCAUACAGAUCAUGAUAUUUGUGUAUGA